AUGGGUAUUGAUUUGAAUACAUUACGUCCUGAACCUUGUGUUCGAGAGAAACUUCAACGUGAUAUUGAGGCCCAUGCUGUUUCUGUCCGCAGUACGAAGUUGUCUGAGUUGUCAGCUGACUGUGAGAAACAACUAACAGAAGCCCUUUCUGAACCUGUGGAAUCCUUGUUUUAUGCUUCUGGGAUUGAUGCUUGGACAUCAAUCACAAGGCUUUAUCAACAAGAAAUGCAGAAGGCUCUAUUGGGGCUCGCAAUUUCUCUUUCUGGCUUCGAACUGGACCAAGUAUUUUUCAAUGAGAUACUUGGAAAUCUCAAGGACUAUGCAAGGAACGUGGUGGAAAAGAAAUCUAGGGAAGAAGCAUCAAAGGUUUUGAUUCGUAUGAAGGACAGGUAG